UAUUGGCAGAGCGAGCGCUUUGGUCGUUGGUCGUCGGUCGUAGUGGAAUGACAGUCGGGCGCAUAAGUUGUAACAGACAAUUUUCUUGUGUGAGAUAAUAAAACAAACGCAAAGAACGCGACAAACAACAUGUAAACAAAAAGAUAACAACUAGAUCGAGUGACAACAAACAUUACAAGUAACUAAACCAAAAACAAGAAACAAAAACUCCCCUAUUGAGGAAAUGGAAGCUCAACAACGUCUCCGUUCAUUGGCCAACUGACAUCCAAAACGGAAGCUCCACUGUGCAUAAUUAAGUGUUUUGAUUGAAAUUAUAAAUUCUAUACAGAACAUACAUUACCAUUACCAUCAAUCGUAAAACUGUGCCAAUUCUCUCCGGUGUUUUCGAUCCAACAAUAUGACGGAACAUCAAUUUUGCGUAAUCUUGCGAAUUUCUCUGCUGUGGCCGUUUUUUUUGGUGACAUUUGUGGGCGAGACAACAGCUUAUGGAUUUGGACGUUGUCCAAAGUAUCCAUCGAUGCCAAAGUUCAACAUGAGUCGAGUACUCGGCCACUGGUAUGAGGUGGAACGUUCUUUCUAUUUGCCAGAAAUCGCCUCGGGUUGCACCACUUUCGAGUUUCAGCCCUACAAUAAAGCGGAUCUGUCCAAGUUUAACAAUUUCAAACUCGAGGUGGCUAUAAAAACCGUCAAUCGCAUAACUGGAAAUCCCAAUGUUAAUCUUGGCUAUGCCACGCCAGAGAACAGCAAAUCCUCCAUUAUGGACUUUAAGUUCAACACGCGUUUUCCGGAGGUGAUUUCGCGCCUGUUGCCCGGUUCCGGCAAAUAUCAGGUGCUUUACACGGACUACGACAACUUUGCCAUAUUGUGGUCUUGUGGUAGCAUUGGUUCCCUUGGCUAUGCCGAUCAAAUUUGGAUUUUGGGUCGUGAAACAGACUUUGUCCUGGAGAUUCGUGAGAAGAUCUAUGAUGUGCUCAAGCGACUCUCUUUGGAUCCUGAGAGAUUGGUGCUCAGCAAAAACACCAAUUGCCCCAAAAGUGCACUGAAGUGAUGCCCCUAUUUAUAUCACAUCAUAUUGUUUAUUGAAUCUAUUGUUUAAGUUUUAGGUUCCUGUGAUAUCGCAAAACAAAUACAUAUAUGCGAAAAAUGA